AUGGAUAAUCCGGCAAUUCCUCCUCCCCCAACGCCUGAGCAAGCCGCGGCCAUGGCCGCGGCUGCUGAAAAGCUCAACACUGAAAUCUGGACGUUGCUGGCUUUUGGUAUCUUGGUGACGAUGCUCAGGACGUACGCUAGAGUCAAGGCUGUCGGCUUCAAAGGGCUCCAGCCGGACGACUACCUGGUCUGGGUCGCAGUGACUUUCUAUGCUUUUGAGAGUGCUCUUGCGUAUUCAGUUGGAGAGUAUGCGAUGGGUAUGGCCAAUAAUGGUAUGACUGACGCCCAUCGCGCGGCUCUGCCAGUCGACAGCCAGGAGUAUCACCUCAGAGUCGUCGGGUCCGUCAUUCAGCUGUCUGGAUGGUCGGUGUACUCGGUGUUGCUAUGGUCACUCAAGGCUUCAUGGCUGGUAUUCUACCUACGAUUGACGGAGGGCCUUGGCCGCAGCUAUCGCCUUCGUAUCUACAUUGGCUUCGGACUCGUCCUCACUACAUGGUUGGUGGUCCUGUUGAACUUGUUCCUAAGCUGUCGGCCGUUCCGCCGUUACUGGCAGAUCAAUCCCAACCCAGGAAAUGUCUGUCAACCCGCUGUGUCCAACGCCAUUAUCUGGGUAUACUGGACGUGCAACGUUAGUACGGAUCUGUAUCUGCUCUCCAUCCCUCUGCCGCUGCUUUUGUCAUCCCGACUGCAGAGAUGGAAGAAGAUCAGUCUCAUGUUCCUGUUCAGUGGCGGUCUAUUAAUUGUCGUCUUUGCGACACUCCGAUGCGUCAUCAUUGUCACAGACCCGGAGAACGGAGCGCAGUUGGCGGGUUCGUGGGCCGUCCGGGAGACAUUUGUGGCCAUCGUGACCACGAGCUUGCCACUGGUCUUCACUCUCGUCAAGGGAUGGCUGGGACCCCUGGUGACUCGAGUGAGCACGGCGCGCUCGUCGCAGAAGGACUCAAAGCAUACACCUAGAGCCAUUGCCACAUUUGGCGGUGGUAAUAGCAGUUGGCGUGGUCGUGGCCCGCCCACUGCGAACCCCAUCACCAACUUCACCAUGAACGAGAGCGAGGAGCACAUUGUCUACGAGAUGAAGCACAUGCCCGACGGACCCCUGCAGAGACCGGCGGACAACAGCAUCCAAAAAUCCGUGCAGGUGUCACUCGACCGGGAGGAACGGCGGCAGCAGCAUCCUAUGCCAAGCAACGACGGCAGUAACAUGGCUUCUGAUCCCCGAUGGGAACAAGCGCAAACCGGGCACAGCGCCUUUAUCCAGGGGAGGAACAUGAGUAUGAGCCCCGGCAAUUACAGGCACUAG